AUGGAUCAACGUCAAAGUCAAGGUUCAGAUGAACUCGCUCAGAAGAAACGUAAAGUAGACGAUGUUACUAAUGAUAUUGAUAACACUAACACAAAAAUCGUACGGAGAGGUAUACAUAGAUUGAUAUCGCCACCUCCAUUGCGAAGACGUAAGAUAGAAAGUCCCGAGCCGGUGAUGCUCGAGGAAGAAGAAACUCCUAACCAGAAAGAAUCCGAUCAAAAGCCAGUUGAACUUCCUGAGCAAGGUUCGAGGGAUGGCAAAUGCCCAGUGUUGGAACAUACAAAGCGAGGAGUGGUGAAGUCGCCAUUUCAACUUACAGCAAUACGAGAUCUACCAGCUUCAUCCAAUGUGGACGCUGUAUCGCUGAAAGAUAUUCUUGGUGAUCCCUUGAUAUCAGAAUGUUGGGAGUUCAAUUAUUUACAUAAUCUUGACUUUCUCAUGGAACAAUUCGAUGAGGAUGUACGGAAUCUCGUCAGAGUUAACGUAAUUCAUGGCUUUUGGAAAAGGGAAGAUCAAUCUAGACUUAAUCUUGCGGAACAAGCUUUGAAAUAUCCUAAUAUCAAGCUUCUCACAGCUUACAUGCCUGAGAUGUUCGGGACCCAUCAUUCCAAGAUGCUCAUUCUUUUCAGACAUGACUUCACCGCUCAAAUCAUAAUUCAUACAGCUAACAUGAUUCCAUUUGACUGGACAAACAUGACCCAAGCUCUAUGGAAAUCACCCCAUCUUCCUCUUCUCAGCCCAGAGAAGCCAACUCCAAUUGAACCCUUCAAAAUAGGCUCAGGUCCAAAGUUUAAGUUAAAUCUUCUAAACUACCUACGAGCUUAUGAUACCAAAAGAAUCAUAUGCAAACCAUUAGUCGAACAACUGCUCAAGUACGAUUUCUCUGAAAUAAAAGCGGCCUUAGUAGCCAGCGUUCCAGGAAAACAAGGAAUCGAGAUCUCUCCAUCACAAACCGCAUGGGGCUGGGCCGGCCUCACCAACGCUCUCAAAUCCGUCUCAUGCUACCACGACACUCAACCAGAAAUAGUGAUUCAAAUUUCCUCCAUAGCAUCUCUAGGCCCAACAGAUAAAUGGUUAACGCACUUUCUCAAAGCCCUCAACACAUCGAAAUCUCCGAGGAACAUCAAUCCAAAAUUCAAUAUCAUUUUCCCGACUGCAGAUGAGGUCAGAAGGAGCAUAAAUGGUUACGCGUCUGGUAAUGCUAUUCAUACCAAGAUCCUCACACCAGCUCAAGGGAAACAAUUAGCAUAUCUAAAACCAAUGCUAUGUCACUGGGCUGGUGAUGGCGCUCAACAUUCUUCCUCCUCCUCAUUACCAUCCAACUCCUUUUCUCAAUCUUCUGCUCCCUCAGAACCAAAAGUUCAAGAAGCAUACCGCAAACGUGCAGCUCCUCACAUAAAAACCUACAUCCGUUUCAGUUCAGAUACAAGUCCAACUUCCUCGUUUCAAAAAUCAAUAGAUUGGAUGCUCGUUACUUCGGCCAACCUCUCUAAGCAAGCAUGGGGCGAACCAGUCAAUUCAGCAGGCGAAGUUCGGAUUUGUAGUUAUGAGAUCGGAGUGCUGGUUUGGCCUGACUUAUGGAAGGAAAAGCAGAGUGGAAUGAAGGUGAAGAUGAAACCGUGUUUUGGAACCGAUACGCCUUUCAUAUCUUCUGUUCCUUAUUUGGAAACAGCCAAUCAAAAGAAGACAGAGGUAGAGGAAGAACAUCUGAACAGGAGAAGAGAUGAUGACCGAAAGGAGGACCAGGAAGAAAGAAACACGAUCAUAGUAGGCGCAAGAAUGCCCUAUGAUCUCCCUCUGAUUCCAUAUGACAAAGACGAUAUCCCAUGGUGUGCGAGUGCAUCGUAUAGCGAACCAGAUUGGAUGGGGAAUACGUGGAAGACAUGA